UUCUUAUUAGUGAUUGUUGUCCACUUUGGCUUCUUUUGGCCCCCCUCCCGUUUCCUGCCAUUGCCAUCGGUCGCACAACAGGGUUUUUCUUCUGUGGGUGGUUGGUGGUCACAUUGUGCGUCUCCUCGGGUCUCCUUAGGCCGACACGUUCCGGUUUCCCCUGGUUUCGCAUCCCCGUCCGUCUUUCUGCGCCGUGAUCUCCGCCCAGCGGAUUGACCGUCAGCAUGGCAACCCCGGAUGUCGCUCCUCAUUUUGGGGCAGAGCUCAAGGAUGCCUUCAAACCAGUCAACAAUUGGGUAUCCCAUGGCAUCGGGUGGUUGGAUGAGAUACAACAGUUCUACCGCGAGCGCAGCGUGAUCGAGAAGGAAUAUGCGGCCAAAAUGACGGCGCUGUGUAAAAAGUACAACGACCGCAAAGCGAAGAAGAUCAGCACGCUGAGUGUAGGAGAUACUCCAAGCAUGACCCCGGGCUCCCUCGAAAGUGCCUCGCUCACCACCUGGACGACGCAAUUGACCGCCAUCGAGGCGCACGCCGCCGAACGGGACCAGUUUGGCACGGAUCUGGUGGUCCAGAUCGCGGAGCCGCUCAAACAAGCCGCUGCUCAGUACGAAGAGCUCCGGAAGUGCCAUGUCGACUUCCACGCCAAACUGGAGAAGGAGAGGGACUCGUCUCAUAGUGACCUCAAGAAGGUCAAGGGGAAAUAUGACGGCGCAUGUCAGGAGGUGGAGGCGCGACGCAAGAAGAUGGAGAGCUCGUUUGACCACAGCAAAACCAAGGCUCAAGCCGCUUAUCAGCAGCAGAUUCUGGAGAUGAAUAACGUCAAGAACACAUACCUCAUCAGCAUCAACGUGACGAACAAGUUGAAGGAGCGCUUUUACCAUGAAUAUGUUCCGGAGUUACUCGAUGGCCUGCAAGACCUCAAUGAGACCCGUGUAGCGAAGCUGAACUCAAUCUGGGCACAAGCCGCUCAGCUGGACAAAAAUUAUCUGACUAGAAGUGUGGAGCACAUGUCUAAUCUCUUACACGAAAUCCCACGCAACCUCCCUCAUCUCGACUCUCUGAUGUUCCUGCGCCACAACACCAUUCCCCUACAAGAACCUGCCAACGUGGGCUUCGAGCCCAGCCCGGUCUGGCACGAUGACGAGGCCCUCGCAACCGACGAAACUGCCAAGGUCUUCCUGCGCAACAUCCUCAGCAAGAGCAAGACACAGGUGCGCGAUUUGCGAGUGGAAACGGAUCAAAAGCGUCGAGAGGUGGAGGCGGCCAAACGGGUGCGCGAAGCGAUUCGGCAGGGCAGGGACAAACGGAGCGAAGUGGAAGUGGUCCGGUCUAUAUUCUUCCUACAAGAGACGUUGCACGAGAUUGACCGCAAACGCCUGACGGCCGAAGUUGAGACGUCUACGAUUAUGUCCGUAGUGGGCGACCUAUCACUGGGCGCACGCAAUCACAACUUUAAGUCGCAAACGUUCAAGAUCCCCACUAAUUGCGACCUCUGCGGCGAGCGUAUCUGGGGUCUGUCGGCCAAGGGCUUCGACUGCCGCGAUUGCGGCUACACGUGCCACAGCAAGUGCGAGAUGAAGGUGCCGGCGGAAUGCCCGGGCGAGCAGACGAAGGAAGAGAAAAAGAAGCUCAAAGCAGAGCGACAGGAACUGGCCAACUCCACCCCCACCUUAGAUCUGGAGCCGUCGUCAUCCAGCGGACCGACGGGGGCGCCCUCACUUACGCGCAAAGACACUAUGAACUCGCUCAGUUCUGGCUACGCUGUCAGUGCUAACCGCUCGUUGUCGAAUGCCGCUAGUCUCUCUCCAUCCACCGCUGAAUUACCUGCCUCAACCCCGACGCCACCAGCCACAGAGACCAAACCCGCCGCGGCUGCUGCCAAACGGAACCGCAUUCUUGCACCACCGCCGGCCCAAUACAUCAACAGUCCCCCAUCAACGCCAACUCUCAGUUCCAACCCGACAACUUCCUCCGAGCCCCGAGGCAAGAUGCUGUAUCCGUAUCAGGCACAGGGAGAGGAUGAAGUCACUGUCCAAGAAGGCGAUGAUAUCGUGAUUCUGGAACCAGAUGACGGAUCCGGCUGGCUUCGCAUCCGCACCCCCGCAACCGGAGCCGAAGGCCUCGUCCCAGCCUCCUACGUCGACCCGGUCCCCACCCACGACCGCCCAGCAUCUACCUACUCAACCACCUCCUCCGCCUCCGCCUCCGUUUCCACUCUACCCUCCGGACCGGGGUCCGGCAGCAAACGCAUCGGCCCCGCCGUGGCCCCGCGCCGUGGCGCCAAGAAACUGGCCUAUGUGGAGGCGUUGUAUGACUACGAGGCCCGCAGCGACAUGGAAUGGAGCAUGACUGAGGGGGAUCGGUUCGUGCUGGUGAACCGAGAUAGUGGGGAUGGGUGGGCGGAUGUGGAACGGGGAGGUGUGACGAAGAGUGUGCCGGCAAACUAUAUCCAGGAUGUGUAAAUAUCGCUUUUUCAUGUGUUCAUUGGGCGGGGCUCUAUGAAAGAAAGAAAAGGGGAAGUUGGACUUGCACAGUGGAAGAGAUUGGGGCGGUAUAGUGUAGCUUUGGAUCCGUGGACAUGGAUUGCUAGUUGGAUUAGCUGCGGAUGGGAUUCAAGUCGAUGUUGAGGUGGAUGGGGUUACAGUACAUAUACC